UGAACUGGCCCCCUGUGUAAAAAGUUUGGGGACGCCUGCAGUAGCUUUUUCAGUCACAGCCAGGCCCUGUGGCUGGCACUGGAGACAGGGUACAGGGAGGUCACAAGGGCCUGGAGUCGGGUUUGCGGGCAGAGACUGAGAUCUGAGCCGCAGAGUCGCCACCCCAGGUCACCAGACCCCCGAUAGAGAGGUCCGGGGGCUGUGUGAGCCAGGGAAGGCAUGUUGACUUCAGCAGGGUCCGGGGGAUGGGCAGGGCUUUAGGGAAGAAGGAAUGACUUGGUCUGCUUUUUGCGGUUUCCUGGUUCCAGGCACCAUGUUGGGCAGUGCUUACGACCCAUUUGGGGAUCUGAUUGGCCCCGGCACCGGGAAGCACAGUUGCGUUGAUCCUGGCUUAGCUCCUCUGUAAGACUGUAAGCCUCUUUGGCUAAACACAGAGGACAUUCACCUGCCUGCCUCUGCGCAGUUCCCCUGUGGUCCUCCUGCCUGGGCCCCAGACAACAUACAGAUCAGAUUCCUGCUUGCUUAUCUCACUUCUUAUCCAUCCAUCCAGGCUUCAGCAGAGCUGAGGGAUGGAAAGGGUUCAUCACCCUGCCUGGCCCCUCCCUGGCUCAUUGCCAGAGUGUGUGCAGGCACUGGGUCGUGUUCCCCAAGAGCUCUGGGACCAGGCAGGCCUGGGUUCAAGUCCCAGCCCCACCACUCACCUCUGUGGCCUUGGACGAGUGUCUGCCCACCGGGACCGACUGAGGGUGGUAAUAAUAGUAUUGACCUCAGCAGAAAGGUUCUUAAUGCUUUGAUUUUAGAGCCAGAGCAGACCUCGCAGAUGCGGGUGAGUAGUUGGAAAGGGCUCUGAAGUCAGGCGUUCCUGGGCCCUGGCCUCGGCGCUGGCUCUUCCACUUCUGUGACCUUGGACAUGUCACUUCCCUUCUCCCAGGUUUAAUUUCCCUUCAGUUGCUUAAAAAAGGAGAGCAAGGCCACCAUUCCCUGAAUAAACGUAAUCGAUCCAGGCUGCCGCACUGGCCAGGCCCCAUGCUGGGCAUGGGGUUACACGUGGUCUUGGCACAACACUGUCCUGUGAGGGCUCAGACGAGGUUCCUGGCCCAGCCUGGGUGAAGAGCAGAGUCUCAAGCCCCCCCACCCCAAAGCAAGCGCAAGGUACAGUGGUGCUCAGUGCUAGGCAGCCUGGCAGGAAUCGUACAGUCCCUGUCCCAGCACAGCCCAGACCACUCACACCAAGCAGAGGGGUGGGGGAGACUUGCCAAAGGGGUCCUGGGAGCUCAGCAUAGAGGGAGGGGUGAGUGGUGCAGGGGAGGGCAUGUGUAUUGAAGGAUAGAAAGGAGGGAUUGGCUUCCAGAAGGCUGGUACUUAAGGGAGGAUGACAGUGAGCUUUGGGCAGGGAAUGGCAGGAGUCACAGCUCAAGGCCACCAGCUGCUGCUUGGCUGCCAUGGGAGGUCUUUCGUUACUAGGCACACACAGCCCUCAGGAUAUCCAUACUCAGGCACGUCCCACGGGCCUUUCCAGACCUCGUUCGUGCGUCCUCUGGGGCAUCCUGAGGCCUCCAGCCUAGUGAGGACUGUGCUGGGGCCUCUGUAGUAUGAGCAGCUGCAGAUUCAGCAACACUUGCUGGUGAGCACUUUUCCGGAACCUGGCCUAGUGCCUGGUCCUCACUGUCCUAAAUUCUUAAGGCCCUGGGAUGGAGGUGGUCACCCCCGUUUUUAAGGGGAAUGGGAUGGAGGCUCGGAACGGAGGCUCUGGCUUGCACUUGCUAGCCCAAGGCCCCCAGCAGCUUCAGAACCCGAGUCUACGGGUGAUUCCCGAGCGCAGGCCCUUGAGCGCCAUGACCUACCCCUUCCGCUCCAGGUCGGGGCCUGGGGGAGCAAAGGCUGUCCCCAGGUCCUGUAGGGGUUAGUUGUUGGCUUGGGCGCGCUGGACUCUCUGCCCAGGGCGGGUGUGCUGUCCGUGAAGACUCUACACACAGGGCUGCUGGCUGCUUCUAGGGAAGCCGGCAUGGUGGGAGAAGCGGAAGUGGCACGGAAAUUGAGUGCUGAGACCCAUGCAGCCACCAAGGAGACCUCACUCACCCAGCAUCAGGGAGAGCCAAGAUGCAGAGCCUGAGGAAGGACAUAUCAAUAGACGGGACACUCGUGACGUGGUGACAGAAGAUGCUGACUGGCCAGGAGGUCAGCCCUGCCAUGGGAAAGGGACCCAGACAUGGAGCUGCGGGAAGAGGCGUGGUCUCCGGGGCCGCUGGACUCUGAGGACCAGCAGAUGGCCAGUCACGAGAAUCCAGUGGACAUCCUCAUCAUGGAUGACGACGACGUCCCCAGCUGGCCUCCCACCAAGCUGUCCCCGCCCCAGUCCGCGCCCCCAGCUGGCCCCCCUCCCCGGCCGCGGCCGCCGGCCCCCUACAUCUGCAACGAGUGUGGCAAGAGCUUCAGCCACUGGUCCAAGCUGACGCGGCACCAGCGCACGCACACGGGGGAGCGGCCCAACGCCUGUGCCGACUGCGGCAAGACCUUCUCGCAGAGCUCCCACCUGGUGCAGCACCGGCGCAUCCACACGGGCGAGAAGCCCUACGCCUGCCUGGAGUGCGGCAAGCGCUUCAGCUGGAGCUCCAACCUCAUGCAGCACCAGCGCAUCCACACGGGCGAGAAGCCCUACACCUGCCCCGACUGCGGCCGCAGCUUCACGCAGAGCAAGAGCCUGGCCAAGCACCGGCGCUCGCACAGCGGCCUCAAGCCCUUUGUGUGCCCGCGCUGCGGCCGCGGCUUCAGCCAGCCCAAGAGCCUCGCGCGCCACCUGCGGCUGCACCCUGAGCUGUCGGGGCCCGGCGUGGCGGCCAAGGUGCUGGCGGCCAGCGUGCGCCGGGCCAAGGGGCCCGAGGAGGCGGCGGACGGCGAGAUCGCCAUCCCGGUGGGCGACGGCGAGGGCAUCAUCGUGGUGGGCGCGCCGGGCGAGGGGGCCGCGGCCGCAGCAGCAGCCAUGGCAGGUGCGGGUGCCAAGGCCACCGGGCCCCGCUCGCGGCGCGCCCCGGCCCCCAAGCCGUACGUGUGCCUGGAGUGCGGGAAGGGCUUCGGGCACGGGGCCGGGCUCCUGGCGCACCAGCGGGCACAGCACGGGGACGGGCUCGGGGCGGCGGGCGGCGAGGAGCCGGCGCACAUCUGCGUGGAGUGCGGGGAGGGCUUCGUGCAGGGCGCCGCGCUCCGCAGACACAAGCGGAUCCACGCGGUGGGCGCGCCCGCGGUCUGCAGCAGCUGCGGACAGAGCUACUACCAGGCCGGCGGGGAGGACGACGACGAGGAGGAAGAGGAGGGUGUGGGUGGGCGGUGCCCCGAGUGCCGCGCUGGGGAGGGCCGGUAGGGGUGGGGGCCCGGGGGCGGGCAGGGCCCCUCGGGCUUGGCGGGAAUGACCACCAUGUGCAAGACCAGGAGACCCAGGGAGAAGCGGCCAAGGGUGUGAUGGACCCCGCGGCAGGCGUCCGGGGUCCCCGUCCCUCUGCCCCCUCACUGUCCACGUGGGCGCCGGGGGCCAUACAGGGCCAGUUCACUUCUCCGCCUUGACACUCUGCCCCCUCAGCCUGGCCCGCCCUCCCUAAGUUCUCGGCCUGCGAGCCGGAGACGGACAAUGGCAAGAACUGUAGCAGCCAGGGUCUCAAACAGCCAGGCCUUUUCCCUCCUACCCGGGGGGAGGGUGCUGCGAGGAAGGGCGAAAUCGGGCCCUUUGCAGUUUAGAGGUUCCCAGAGAGGGAAGGGAAAUAGGGGCCCCAUUUUAGAAUUUUCUUUGAAUCAGCCCACCUUUUGACUCCCCCGCCUCCUCCCCAAAAAUCCUUUUUUUUUUUCCUACCCUCUGGGUCCCGUCGUUUCUUAGAGCUCACGUCGUUCCUUCCCCCUCCUGGAUUCCGGUAGCACAGGCUGCCCCUGUGCCCAGCGAAGCCCUGCAGGGGCGGGUGCCCGUUUGUCCCUGGCCUGGGUGGACCUGGUGGAGGAAGCGGGGGUAGAUCAAUAAAUAUGGCACUAUCCAAACGUC